AUGGAACCUUGUUCCUGUGAUACUUUAGUGGCAUUACCUCCAGCAACGGUUGAUAACAGGAUUAUUUUUGGAAAAAAUUCAGAUAGAUUGUGUGAUGAAGUACAGGAGGUAGUUUAUUUUCCUGCUGCAGUUCAUGAGAACCUGAGAGAACAUCUUCAGUGUACUUACAUAGAAAUUGAUCAAGUUCCUGAAACAUAUGCUGUUGUCCUCAGUCGCCCAGCUUGGUUAUGGGGGGCAGAAAUGGGAGCCAACGAGCAUGGAGUUUGCAUUGGGAAUGAAGCUGUAUGGGGAAGAGAAGAAGUGUGUGAUGAAGAGGCGCUACUGGGCAUGGAUCUUGUCAGACUUGGCCUUGAAAGAGCUGAUACAGCUGAAAAAGCCCUCAAUGUCAUUGUUGAUCUAUUAGAAAAAUAUGGCCAGGGUGGAAAUUGUUCAGAGGGUAGGAUGGUAUUCAGCUAUCACAACAGUUUCCUGAUAGCUGAUAGGAAAGAAGCCUGGAUUCUGGAGACUGCAGGGAAGUACUGGGCAGCAGAAAAAGUACAAGAGGGAGUUCGUAAUAUUUCUAAUCAGCUUUCUAUAACAACCAAGAUUGAUCGGGAACAUCCAGACCUGAGAAACUAUGCUAAGCAGAAAGGUUGGUGGGAUGGUAAAACGGAGUUUGAUUUUGCUGCAACAUACUCUUAUCUUGACACAGCCAAGAUGAUGCUUUCACCAGGCAGAUACUGUGAAGGCUACAAGCUUCUGAAUAAGCACAAAGGAAAUAUAACUUUUGAAACAAUGAUGGAAAUUCUCCGAGAUAAACCAAGUGGCAUUAAUAUGGAGGGAGAAUUCCUGACCACUGCAAGCAUGGUUUCUAUUUUACCUCAAGACUCCAACCUUCCUUGCAUUCACUUCUUUACAGGGACUCCUGAUCCUGAGAGAUCUGUUUUUAAGCCUUUCAUAUUUGUGCCAAAUGUUUCACAACUAUUGGAUACCAGCUCACCAACAUUUGAUCUUGAAGACCCAGUUAAAAAGAAACCACGUUUUCAGUUUAAGCCUGACAGAAGACACCCACUCUAUCAAGAACAUCAACAGGCAUUGGAAGUAAUAGACAAAAAGGAGGAAAAAGCCAAAACUAUGUUGGACAACAUGAGGAAACUGGAGAAAGAACUAUUUAAAGAAAUGGAAUCAAUUCUUCAAAACAAGCAUCUUGAUGUUGAUAAAAUUGUUAAUCUCUUUCCCCAGUGUGCAAAAGAUGAAAUUAGAAUUUAUAAGUCAAACAUUAGUUCUUAG